AUGGUGACCAAGCAGCCCGCCCUGCUGAUCUUCAGCGCCUGGUUGGGCAUCUUCGCGGCGUUCGGCUUCGGGUUUCAUCUCAGCUACCAGGUCAUCGUUCUGCAUUUGGAGGCGAUCCUCGCAAUUGUUGGCCUUGCCAUGCUCGGCCUCGAGGCGGCGCUGCUGGCCGCGGUGGGCAGCCUGGUCGCCCGCACGGCGCUGGAGCGUUUGGGGCUGCUCUUGGGCUGUGCUGCCACCAUGGCAGCCCUCGCGGUGGUGGGGUUCCUGCACGCGUCCUUGAACGUGACGGCCUUCCCCGACCAAGACCUGCCCACGAGCAUGUUGGCAUAG